AUGACAUCGAAGAUCCAUCAAGCAACUAGUUCCGCUCCGGAGAUCACCAAAGUUCUGAAGGCAUCGAAGAACACACCUUUCACAGCCCGCAUAAUCAAUACGUCCGUCAAACCGCAAGGAAAGAUGAAUGUGCCGACCUACGACGGUCAGAGUGAUCCAGCCCGUUUUCUAUCAGCAUUCCACAUAGGCAUGCAGAUGUUCCAUUUUCCCGCCGAAGAUUUAGACGCGGCCUACUGCAAACUCUUCGUAGGACGACUAACCGAUGCAGCGCUGCAGUGGUUCUCCCGGCUCGAAGCGAACUCGGUCGAUAGUUACGACGUACUCACCACCGCUUUUCUCAAGCAUUACUCGAUCCAUAUCCAAGACGGCGUCUCCGACGCCGACCUAUACACCUUACAACAAGAGCCGAAGGAGUCCCUCCGAUUCUUCAUCGAUAGGUUCAAGUCCGUCGCUUCUCAGAUCGCAGUCGGAGACAACGCUGCUGUCUCGGCGUUAAAAAAUUCCUUAUGGCACGAGUCGCCACUCAAGGACAAAACAAAGGCGAUCGGGGCGAAGAAGUACGCUUCCCAACCCCAAGCAAAGGCGACUCCCGCAAAAGAAAAGUCUCAAGAAAAAGAUCGCGAACCCCGUCAACACUACGAUAGCAACCUCAGUCCGAACUACAAGGGCAAGCAAGCGUCGAACUUCCAGAUCGACCCACCAAAACCAAAGAGGAACAAAUACAUCAGGCCGUCCGAAGAUACCCCGAGUGGCGAGGAAAGACCAUACUGCGACCAUCACAAAUUCUACGGGCACUCAACCGAACAGUGCAGGCAACUGCAGGAGCACCUCUACAACGAGUACCAGUCCGGUUUGAUGUAG